AACGCAAUGACCAGACCGAAAGAAAGUUCGGAUUCGAAUCCCACAUACAGAGCACAGUACUGUGAGCCGUAGAGGGAAGAGUGUGACUCUCUCACGCACAAAACAACCUUCUCGUGCUCUCGUCGUUGUGAAAACCUCAUUUCGAAAUCUCGCUUCUCCCUCUACACCAUUCAUAUCCUUCUAAACACUCUCAAAAUUAGGGAUUUUGUUGUUGCUCUGAAAUCGUAGUUUUGAGUACACGAUGAUGACCAUGAACCCGAGAGAAAACCUCGCGAGUCUAAUAAACUCGGCAAAAUCAGCCUCGGAUAUACCUUCGAAGCUCGAGCCAUUGCGUCAAUUGAAGCGCGAUUUGAUUCAACAACACGACCUUGCCUUGGUCUCCGAGUCCCUCUCUCUUCUCUCCGACCGGUUCGGUCCGGUUCGCAAGUUCGUCACCGAGAUGAUUGGUGAAAUUGGAUUGAAGCAUUUUGAAUUCUUACCGGAGAUUGUACCGGUGUUGAUUACGGUUUUGAGUGAUGCUACGCCGGCUGUUGCUCGACAAGCCAUCACUUGUGGUAUCGAAUUGUUUCGUUCGAUUCUUCAAAAAGUUGCGAUUCAGGGCCUAUACUCAAGUGAGUUGGACAGUUCACUGAAGUCAUCAUGGUCAUGGGUGUUAACACUCAAGGAAAAUAUAUACUCAGUAGCUUUUCAGACAGGAAGUGGUGGGACGAGGUUGCUGGCAUUGAAGUUUGUUGAGGCAGUCAUUCUUCUUUACACACCUGAUCCUAAUGGCUCUUCAGAGCCCCCUCCUCUUGACGGAAAGUUUGCAAAAUUCAACAUUUCUUGGCUUCGUGGUGGUCAUCCAAUACUUAAUGUUGGAGAUUUGUCAAUUGAGGCCAGUCAACGUUUGGGUUUAUUGCUUGAUCAACUCAGGUUUCCAACAGUGAAAUCUCUUAGCAACUCAAUGAUCGUAGUGCUUAUCAAUAGCCUUUCAACAAUCGCAAAGCAAAGGCCUGCAUUUUAUGGAAGGAUUCUGCCUGUUUUACUUGGUUUGGAUCCCUCGAGCUCUGUAGUCAAUGGAAUGCGUGUUUCCGCAGCAAAGCAUGCCCUAAAAAAUGCCUUCCUCACCUGCUUGAAAUGUACACACCCGGGUGCUGCACCGUGGCGGGAUCGGUUGAUUGGUGCCUUGAGGGAUAUGGAAGCUGGAGGGUUGACUGACCAAACUAUUCCGGAAGUGUGCAAGAUUAAUGGAAGUCUAGGGGAAGGGAAAGAAGAUUCACCAGUUAUUAAGGAAGAGAAACCCACAAUUAAAUCAUGUGAUGUUGUGGAUGUUAAUUUGGGGAGCAAAAGAGCUGGAGUACCAGACAGCAGUGAUCUGGCUGAAGAUGAAAAUGUGCCUGGAAAGCGUGUCAGACCAACACCUAGUGCCUCAGAGGAAUUGACUAGAGAGUCGGAUAAGAAUAACAUGAUGUCUCAUGAUGACAUUUCUUCAAUUGGACCAACCACUUCCAGAGGAGAUGGUGAUAAUGGACCUGUGCAGCAACUUGUAGCUAUGUUUGGCGCCUUGGUUGCACAAGGUGAAAAAGCUGUUGGUUCUUUAGAGAUUCUUAUCUCAAGCAUCUCUGCUGACUUGUUAGCAGAGGUAGUGAUGGCUAAUAUGCGACACCUUCCUCCCAAUCAUUCCAAAGGUGAUGGAGGUGAAGAGUUGCUGCUAAACAUGACCAUAGUUGGUAGUGAUUCUAAAGCUAAAUAUCCUCCAUCAUUUAUAGCAGAUGUUCUAUCACUUUCUAGUACUUUCCCACCAAUAGCUUCACUGUUAAAUGCUCACCGGUCAGAGUCCAAUGAUAUAGUGCAGAAACCUUGUGAUGAGAAAGAAGAUGUUGUGGCUGAAGCUGAUAGUGUUCUUGCAUGUGAUGGCUUGGACCAUGGAUCGGAAAAUGCAUUGUUGCCCACUGAUUUACCAGCUUCCUCUUUUGUUUCAUCUGGAAUGGAGAAAGGCUGCUUUCCUAUUUCAUCUGAUAUUCAUGAUGUGGGGGAUCUAGAGAGUGAGAUACCUGGCCUGGAUUCUUCUGCUCAUGCUGAUGGAUUGUCAGAGACGCUUGUUACAUCCUCCAUGGCCUCCACUGACUUAGAAGAAGCCAGUCAAGAUCAAGUUACAAGUUUGGGUCAGUCAACACUGAAGUUACUUCCAUCUAUGUCAACAGAGAAGUCUGAGGAGCUCAGCCCAAAAGCAGCUGUUACAGAUGUCAGCAGCCUGGUCUCAUCAACAGCAACUUCUGCUGGAUUGUCUUGUAAUUUUGUCUUGCCCAAGAUGUCAGCGCCUGUUGUUUACCUUGAUGAUGAACAGAAGGAUUAUUUGCAAAAAAUGGCUUUCAUCCGUAUUGUUGAGGCAUAUAGGCAAGUUGCAGUCGCUGGAGGUUCACAAGUUCGCUUUUCACUGCUUGCAUAUUUAGGGGUUGAGUUUCCCUCAGAGUUAGACCCAUGGAAGCUUUUACAAAAGCAUAUCUUGGAAGAUUAUAUGGGUCAUGAGGGACACGAGUUGACCUUGCGUGUCCUCUACAGGUUAUAUGGCGAGCAAGCAGAAGAUCGCGACUUCUUUUCUUCUACAACUGCAGCUUCUGAAUAUGAAAACUUCCUUCUUACUGUGGCAGAAACGCUUAGAGAUUCUUUUCCACCUUCAGACAAAUCAUUAAGUAGAUUGCUUGAUGAAGCUCCUGAUCUGCCCAAGUCAGUUUUAAAAUUGUUAGAGGACAUGUGUUCUCCUGGAAACUGUGAUAAAGCUGAGGAUUUACAGAGUGGGGAUCGAGUAACUCAAGGUCUAAGUGCUGUGUGGAGAUUGAUUAUGCUGAGGCCUUCUAUUCGAGAUGUCUGCUUGAAAGUUGCCUUACAGAGCGCGGUUCAUCAUUUGGAGGAAGUGCGUAUGAAGGCAAUACGACUGGUGGCAAACAAGCUUUAUCCAAUAUCAUCCAUUGCUAAACAAAUUGAAGAUUUUGCAAAAGAAACAUUGCUCUCUGUAAUAAGUGGUGAUGCAACAGAAAGAAUGGAUACUGAAGGAUCAGUCACUGAAAUGCAGAAGGAUUCUCAUCUAGAAAAACCUGUGGAUGAACAUCCCUCAGUGAGUGUGAACAGUAAAGAUAUUUCUUCUGAUACUCAUCAAUCGAGCACAUGUCAGAGUGUGUCCUCCCUUUCAGUCUCCGAGGUCCAGCGGUGCAUGUCACUGUAUUUUGCCUUAUGUACCAAGAAGCACUCCCUUUUCCGCCAAAUAUUUAUUAUCUAUAAAAGCACAUCAAAGACAGUUAAACAGGCAGUUCAUCGCCAGAUCCCAAUACUCGUCCGUACUAUGGGCUCGUCGUCGGAUCUUCUUGAAAUCAUUUCAGAUCCUCCAAGUGGAAGCAAGAACCUCCUAAUGCAGGUUUUGCAUACACUGACGGAUGGGACGAUUCCCUCUUCAGAACUACUUUUUACCAUUAGGAAGUUAUAUGAUUCCAAACUAAAGGAUAUAGAGAUUCUUAUUCCAGUAUUACCGUUCCUACCAAAGGAUGAGGUUAAGCUGAUAUUUCCCAAUGUUGUGAAUCUUCCACUGGAUAAGUUCCAAGCAGCACUUGCUCGCUUACUACAGGGUUCAUCUCAUUCUGGUCCAGUGCUCACUCCAGCUGAAGUUUUGAUUGCUAUCCAUGGGAUUGAUCCUGACAAAGAUGAAAUCCCCUUGAAGAAGGUCACAGAUGCAUGCAAUGCAUGUUUUGAGCAGAGGCAAAUAUUCACCCAACAAGUACUUGCGAAGGUUUUGAAUCAAUUGGUUGAGCAGAUUCCUCUCCCUUUAUUGUUCAUGCGGACAGUAUUACAAGCUAUAGGUGCUUUCCCAGCGCUGGUGGAAUUUAUAAUGGAGAUCCUAUCUCGUCUUGUCAGCAAGGAGAUUUGGAAAUAUCCAAAGUUGUGGGUAGGAUUCUUGAAGUGUGCACUCUUGACAAAGCCUCAGUCAUUUGGUGUAUUGCUUAAGUUACCUCCAGCACAGCUAGAAAGCGCAUUGACCAGAACUGCAGCUCUGAAAGCACCUCUGAUUGCUCAUGCUAGCCAACCAAACAUCCGAUCUUCACUUCCAAGGUCUGUGUUGGUGGUUCUGGGACUUGCACCUGAAUCUCAGACUUCAAAUCUGGCACAAACUGGAGUAGCCCCAGAUUCUCAGAAUUCAAGUCAGGUUCAAACAAGUCAGGCUCAAACAAGUCAGGCUCAGACUGGAGAUACAGGCAACUCGGAUAAGGAGGUGCUGACAGAGAAAUCUAAAGAAUCAUCUGGUGCUAGCUGACUUGAUUAGAAAGUUGACUUUAACAAAGUUUGACCCUACAUUUCUACCCUUUGGUAUCCCUAGCUUAGCAAUUGGAUCACCAGGCUCCCAAAGGCAGGGCUUCUAUGCUAUCUCACUCUAGCUUAGUGGAUUGGGGAAAUGAGGCAUUCGUAUGUUGUAUUGUUACCCUGGCACCAACAUACAAGUGACAAAGGAAUUACUAUGUCCUCUUCAAAAACAUCAACAAAGAGGGCAUGAGGAGACAUGUUAGACUGUACAAUGUAAAAAUUUGUGUAAUUAUUCAUUUAUAUGAUUAUUACUUGUAUGUAUAUUAAAAUGGAUCUCCUACCGUACUGAAAAGCUGUAGUCUUGGGGAUGAACUCACUGGUGCAAGUAUUAGUCAAUGUAUGUCAUCUUAUUAAGCUGUCAAUUUGUUUUA